AUGCUUGCUAUUCCCUGGAAUUCCGCGAUGCUUCUGCACUUGCGCUACGAUCGGAGCCCCUCUGAUCUUCCCAGCCACUGUGAUGGCUGUGGAGAGCGCUUCAGUGUCACUCACGCCCUUUCCUGUACCAAGGGCGGUCUGGUUCUCCAACGCCACAAUGAAGUGCGUGAUGAACUCAGUGAUCUCGCUGCCAAGGCAUUCAUCCCAUCUGCAGUUCGCGACGAACCCCGUGUCCAACUUAGUCGCUCUGCAGCUACGGAUGCUUCGCCUUCCAGCGACUCUCCUGUAGUUCUCACCCCAUCCGAGGAACGAGGUGAUCUCCUUAUCCGUGGCCUCUGGCAACGCGGAACUGACGGCAUAAUUGAUGUUCGUGUCAUCAAUCUUGAUGCUGCUUCUCACUGUCGCAAGGAUCCUGACAAGGUUCUUCGCAAUGGCGAACGUGACAAGAAACGCAAGUAUCUCGACGCCUGUCUUUCCCAACGCCGCCACUUUACUCCGUUUGUUGUCUCUGCUGAUGGUCUCCUUGGGGCCGAAACUGAGGCACUUGCGAAACGUAUUUCCGCUUUGCUCGCUGCAAAGUGGGAACGCCCUUACUCAGUGGUGCGUGGCUACGUUAAUGCUCGGCUCAGCCUAGCUAUUCUUCGGGCCCGCCACCUCUGCAUGCGUGGCUCUCGUGUCCCUGCUGGCACAAUGAGCUACCGUCGUUAUCUCUGGGAUGCCGAUGGUGCACUUGCACUCUUCCGCUAA